UGGGAAGCGCUCGCGGCUUUAUCCGGAAGUGGGUGGGGCACUGUGUGCGAAGUAGCCAAUGGGCGGCCCGGUGGCGGGGUGCCCGUGGGAGCGGCAGAGCGACCAGCUCCGAGUGCCGCCUCAGGCUCUGCAUCCAUGGAGCGAGCAGACGGGCCGAGUUCAGAACUUGCUAAGGCCAUCAAACCUAUCGAUCGGAAGUCAGUCCAUCAGAUUUGUUCUGGGCAAGUGGUACUUGGUCUAAGCACUGCUGUGAAAGAGUUGGUAGAAAAUAGUGUGGAUGCCGGUGCAACUAGUAUUGAUCUCAGGCUUAAAGACUAUGGAGUGGAGCUCAUCGAAGUUUCAGACAAUGGAUGCGGGGUAGAAGAAGAAAAUUUUGAAGGCUUAACUCUGAAACAUCACACUUCGAAGAUUCAGGAGUUUGCUGACCUCACUCAGGUUGAAACUUUUGGCUUUCGAGGGGAAGCUCUGAGCUCACUCUGUGCACUGAGCGAUGUGACUAUUUCUACCUGCCACACGUCUGUGAAGGUUGGGACUCGAUUGGUGUUUGAUCACAAUGGAAAAAUCCUCCAGAAAACCCCCUACCCACGACCCAGGGGGACGACGGUCAGCGUGCAGCAGCUAUUUUAUACGCUUCCUGUGCGCCAUAAGGAGUUUCAAAGGAAUAUUAAGAAGGAGUUCGCCAAGAUGGUUCAGGUGUUACAGGCAUACUGCAUCAUUUCAGCGGGUGUCCGUAUAAGUUGCACCAAUCAGGUUGGGCAGGGUAAGCGGCAGCCUGUGGUGUGCACCAGCGGAAGCUCCAGCAUGAAGGAAAACAUCGGAUUGGUGUUUGGGCAGAAGCAGCUGCAAAGCCUCAUCCCUUUUGUGCAGCUGCCCCCUAGUGACUCCAUCUGCGAAGAAUACGGGCUGAGCUGUUCCCAGGCUCUGCAUAACCUGUUUUGUAUCUCAGGUUUUAUUUCGCACUGUGCUCAUGGCGUGGGAAGAAGUUCAACGGACAGACAGUUUUUCUUUAUCAAUCGGCGGCCUUGUGAUCCAGCAAAGGUUUCCAGACUUGUGAAUGAGGUCUAUCACAUGUAUAAUCGACAUCAGUACCCAUUUGUUGUUCUUAAUAUUUCUGUUGAUUCGGAAUGUGUCGACAUCAACGUUACUCCAGAUAAAAGGCAAAUUUUACUGCAAGAGGAGAAGCUUUUGUUGGCAGUUUUAAAGACGUCUUUGAUAGGAAUGUUCGAGAGUGAUGUUAACAAACUCCAGGUCAGCCAGCAGCCGCUGCUGGAUGUGGAAGGUCACUUAAUAAAAAGGCCUUCAGCAGAGAUGGAGAAUCCCGAGCCAGAAAAGCGGGAUGAUCCUGCUCCAUUAAGGACUCACGGAGAAGAGAAAAGGGCAGUGACCAUUUCUAGGCUGAGAGAGGCCUUUUCCCUUCGUCACUCGACUGAGAACAAGUCCCGGGGUCCGAAGGCCACCGAUCCAAGGCGGGUUUCUCUGAGGCAGAAAAGCAGUGCCCAGGUCCCUAGGGCUUCGGGGCCCCCCUGCUCCCAGAAGCACAUCUCUGAACCUGGGGAGGAAGGGAGGACUUCUGCUCAGGGGCCCCAUGACUUGAUGGGCAGAGUGGAGAUGGAGGAGGACUCGGGGCACGGCAGUGCAUCUGCCAGCUCUGAGGAGGCGUCCAGCACCCCUGAGACGAGCGGCCACCCCAGCACUGACCGGGCGGCAAGCUCCCCCGAAGGUAGGUUUUCCCAAGAAAAUGUGGAGUCUCGGGAAAAGUUACCUGAAACUGACUGUCGUUUUUCAGGCACAAAGUGCCAUUUAGACCAAGAAAGCGGCUCCACAUCUAGAGUCUUGCCACAGCCUACGAAGCUCUCAUCCCCAAACGCAAAGCGUUUUAAAAAAGAAGGGAUUCCUUUAAACCCCGACGUCCUUCCAGAGUCGGUGAAAACCCAGAGUGCAUCGGCGUCCGAGGUGGAUGUAGCUGUGACAAUUAAUAAGAAAAUAGUGCCCCUUGAUUUUUCCAUGAGUUCUUUAGCCAAACGAAUAAAGCAGUCGUGUCAGCAAGAACAGCAACGAGACAGUCAACAGAAUUAUAGGAAGUUUCGGGCAAAGAUUUGCCCUGGAGAAAAUCAAGCAGCAGAAGACGAACUAAGAAAAGAGAUCAGCAAAACGAUGUUUGCAGAAAUGGAAAUCAUUGGUCAGUUUAACUUGGGGUUUAUUAUCACCAAGCUGAAUGCAGAUAUCUUCAUAGUGGACCAGCAUGCCACGGACGAGAAAUACAACUUCGAGAUGCUUCAGCAGCACACUGUUCUCCAGGGUCAAAGGCUUAUAGCACCUCAGACUCUCAACCUAACAGCUGUCAAUGAAGCGAUUCUAAUAGAAAAUCUGGAAAUAUUCAGGAAGAAUGGCUUUGACUUUGUUAUCGAUGAACACGCGCCAGUUACUGAAAGAGCCAAGCUGAUUUCCUUGCCAACCAGUAAGAACUGGACCUUUGGACCCCAGGACAUAGACGAGCUGCUCUUCAUGCUGAGCGACAGCCCCGGGGUCAUGUGCCGGCCCUCCCGCGUCCGGCAGAUGUUCGCCUCCAGAGCCUGUCGCAAGUCUGUGAUGAUUGGAACCCCUCUAAACACAAGCGAGAUGAAGAAACUCAUCACGCACAUGGGGGAGAUGGACCAUCCCUGGAACUGUCCCCACGGAAGGCCCACCAUGAGACACAUUGCCAACCUGGAUGUCAUUUCUCAGAGCUGAUGGCACUUCUCGUUUUAUAGAGCUGUUGAUCAUAUUGCAGGUUUUUCUGUUUUGCAAGGCAGGGCUUUAACGAACCGUUUGGGGGGUGUGUUUCUAAAUGCAGCUGCUACUUCCAAAGGUAUCAGAUCCAUUUAGAAAUAAUCUUGUGGACUUUUUUGAUCCACUGCUUGCAACACUUUUUUUGUUUUGCAUUUAAACGCGUGCCUGUGUGUAUAUAGAGGCAAGAGUAUAUUUUACAGAAAUAGAGCACUUUAGAAGUCACUGGGACCUCUGCUGUGGCCUGACGUGUUUUGGUCUGUAACUUUCAGCCCUUAGUGAUGAUUAAGUCCCUAAUGGUUUCACUGCAUUAAGUUAACAUUUACAGUUGUUUGGAGCUAGUCAUUCUGAACCCUGAUGCAUAUUAAAUUUAGAAAAGAAUCCUAGAAAACCCAAGGGGGUUUCUCUGUCCAGCUGGAAGAAGUCAAGCAGGUGGAUUGGGGUCUCUCUUUUCUGUUUCUUUCCUUGUCGUUGUAAUUUUUGUUUUGUUUUCGGCAGUGUCGCGAGGUUUUCGGGGAUUGAACCUGGACCACUGUGGUCAAAGCCCAGGAUCCUAACCACUGAACCGACAGGGAGCUCCCGGAUCUCACUUUUUAAAUGUUCCCGCUGCAGCCAGAAUGGCAAAGACUGUUGUGGGUGCUCAGGUGCUCAGUUGUGUCCAACUCUUUGCGACCCCGUGGACUGUGGCCUGCCAGGCUCCUCUGUCCUUGGCAUUUUCUAGGCAAGGAUACUGGAGUGGGUUGCCAUAUCCUUCUCCAGGAGAUCUUCCCGACCCAAGGAUCGAACUCAAGUCUUCUGCGUCUCCUGCUUGGCAGGUGGAUUCUUUACCACUGAGACACCUGGGAAGCCCAAAGACUGUUGUAGGCAAGGGGAAAUAAAAGAUUCUGAUUUUUCUGUA